CGUCGUCGCCUCCGUUUGCUUCGCCAUUUUUUUUUUCUUCUUUUCCUCUUCUCCAUUUGAUUUUUCGCCGAGUCCAGCGCGCGAGUCUAGAGGCGAGGAGUGAGACCACCCCUCGCGCGCGCCCGCGCGCUCGCAGAUCCUGCUGCGGUGGCCCGGUCCGUCCGUACGAUGGAGGAGGAGCCCGCGUCGGGGGGAGCGGGCGGCGUCUCGAACGGCGCGGCGGAGGUGGCGGUGGUGGAGGAGGAGGAACCUCCGCGUUCGGCGACGGCGAAGCAGGAGGAGGCGAAGGCGGCGCUCGGGGCGGAGGGGUCCCGCCCGUUCACCAUGCGGGAGCUCCUCGUGGAGCUCAAGGAGGACGGCGAGGCCUCGGCCGGGAGCGGCGGCGGCGUGAGGUCGGCGUUUGGGGAGAGGAACGGGAUCGGAUCCGCGGAUGGCGAGGGUUCGUCGUACAGCCAAGACAGUGUUCAGCAGUUUUCAUCCCAUCAUGACGUAGCAAUGGACUUAAUAAAUAGUGUCACUGGAGUUGAUGAGGAAGGCCGUUCUCGCCAGAGGAUUCUUUCUUUUGCUGCCAAAAGAUACAUAAAUGCAAUAGAAAGAAAUCAUGAUGACCCUGAUGCAUACUAUAAUUGGGCCCUAGUCCUCCAGGAGAGUGCAGACAAUGUGGAUUCAAAUUCUAGUUCCUCCAAAGAUGCAUUGCUGGAGGAGGCUUGCAAAAAGUAUGCUGAAGCUACCCGUCUUUGCCCAACUCUUUACGAUGCAUAUUAUAACUGGGCUAUUGCUAUUGCUGAUCGGGCUAAAAUGCGAGGUCGUACUAAAGAAGCUGAAGAGCUCUGGAAGCAGGCAAUAUUGAAUUAUGAGAAGGCUGUCCAGCUAAAUUGGAAUAGCCCACAGGCUCUUAAUAAUUGGGGUCUUGGACUACAGGAACUGAGUGCAAUUGUUCCGGCUCGUGAGAAGCAAACCAUCAUAAAAACAGCUAUAAGUAAGUUCCGUGCUGCGAUUCAACUGCAAUUUGAUUUCCAUCGUGCAAUAUACAAUCUUGGGACGGUCUUGUAUGGUUUAGCUGAGGAUACAAUGAGAUCUGGGAAGCCAGGCGUCUCCCCUAGCGAGCUUUACAGUCAGUCUGCUAUCUAUGUUGCAGCUGCCCAUGCACUUAAGCCAAAUUACUCGGUCUACCGCAGUGCUUUGCGAUUAGUCCGUUCAAUGCUGCCUUUGCCUUAUCUCAAAGUGGGGUAUCUGACUGCUCCUCCAGAAGACACUGCCAUUGCACCACAUAAAGAUUGGGAGAGGUCACAGUUUGUUUUGAACCAUGAAGGACUCGAGCAGGCUGAUGCCUCAGACCAGCCGCCAUCACAGUCACCUGGGCAUGUGGAUAGCAGCAGAAAGCUUUUCAGGAUUGUUAUUGCAGACAUUACCUCUGUGUCAGCAUGCGCUGAUCUAACACUGCCACCUGGAGCUGGACUUUGCAUUAAUACUAUCCAUGGCCCAAAAUUCUUGGUCGCUGAUAACUGGGAGGUCGUUGAUAGUUGGCUAGACGCAAUACGCCUAGUCUACACCAUAUUUGCAAGAGGGAGAAGUGAUGUUCUUGCUGGCAUUAUUACUGGCUGAUGGCUUAUUGCUAGUGAAACUGCCAACGAAUAUAGGCCAAGAGAAUGUAGCAUCCUUAUAUAUAUUCACUUAUAUAUUCAGUGACACCGAUUUUUCUUAUAGGACUAGGAGUAUAUCCCGGAAUCUGAUAUAUCUCAGUAGGCGUAGUAACAUUUCUUCUUUUAGGUGACGCCAAUUUUCGUUUGUAAACUCAGUGGCGUAGCUAAUUAAACUGUGGCAUUGUUCUGUCAUGGUACAGUGUGUGCUGUAAGGGAAAUAAAGCCGUAGCAUGCGCUACUUUGUGAA